AUGACCCCAGAAGGCAGAAGCCUCAGCUUUGGCCAAUGUGAAGUGAAUGGGGUAUCUUUCCGGGAAUUAAGAGACCACUUUACUGCAAUUAAAGAUGAUGUUCAAUCCCAAGAUAAGAGAACAGAUAUAAAAUUGCUGAAGGAAAGUAUCCUACUGAAUGUUUCGACUUCAGAGAGUUGCUGCUUACUCCGCCAUCUGCUGAGAUUUUAUGUUGAAAAUAUAUUCAGGAACUACAAUGUAACAAGUAACAUACUUAGAAGGAAAAGCAGCAUUUUAGCUAAUGCUUUCCUCAGCAUUAAGACAACGCUGAAACAAUGUCAUGAUCAAAACAGAUGUUCCUGUGGGCAAGAAUCACAUAAGAGAUACAAGUUAUUACUGGAAGAAUAUGCCAAGCUUGAUAAGAAUGCAGCAACAAGCAAAGCUCUUGGAGAAAUCGACAUCCUCUUUGCCUGGAUGGAAAGCUUCUAA